GACUAUCACGUGCCGGUCCUCCAGUUCCCCGUCACACCCAAUCAGUGGGAUCUCACCACUCAACAGGUUAAAGAGGACUGGAAAUACGUGGCUAUGGUUUUGGACCGACUAUUCUUAUGGAUAUUCACGACGGCUGUACUCGUGGGCACAUGUGGCAUUAUACUUCAUGCGCCCACUCUUUACGACGACAGACAACCGAUUGACGUGAAACUGUCAGAAGUGGCACAAGUAAUACUCCUCAGGAAUAAGGGCUGACACUAUUCACAUCAUUCUUAUACUAUGUAUAACACAAUUGUUCACAUCAUUUGCUUGAAAAGACUGAAUAUUCUUUCCAUUCGUCUCUCAUUCGUCAUCAAAAGCUGUUAUUCUUGAGAUAAAUGUUUGAAUCUUUUAUAGCGAAGCAUAACUUCAC